AUGGGAGACGCAAACGAAAGACUUCCGGAGAGUACGGACGCAACACCAACAUUCAAAAGGGAAUUUGAAACGUCGGAUCUCUACAAGAAUGUCUACGGCUACGUCCAGAAUUACAUGGCCCGAUAUGACAUUUCCCAUGACUUCAGCCAUGUACUGCGCGUCCUAGCGCUGUCGAAGCACAUCCUAGCCGAAGAACUGAAGGACAAUCCUUGGAAGAAAUUCCACAAGCAGGCGGUCAUUCUGGGAGCAUUGCUGCACGACGUGGGCGACAAGAAAUAUGCUCAGCCGGGAGAGAAGGCCGACCAGCUGGUUGCUGAUCUUCUAACAAAGCAUGGCUGCCCACCACGUUUUGUAGCAAAGGUUUCGAUUAUCGUGGAGAACGUGUCCUACUCGAACGAGAUCAAGCGCCCUCAGCUGGUCAAGGCUAUUAUCUCAGCACAUCCAGAGCUCGCCAUCGUCCAGGAUGCUGAUCGGCUAGAUGCCAUCGGCGCAGUAGGAAUUGGGAGGACAUUUGCUUUCUCUGCCGCUAAAAUGCCAGACCGCGGUCUUGAGGGCAGUAUCGAGCAUUUUACGGAAAAGUUGGAGAAACUAGAAGGCGUGAUGAAGACCGAGACAGGCAAGCGGAUGGCGCGUGAGAGAACGAAAAGGUUGAAGGACUUCAGACAAUGGUGGGAAGAUGAAAACGAGCUGGUGUCAACUGUACCUGGCUGA